UGUUCCUUAAUUAUUAUGAUAGAUAUAUUUCCCCUUUUCCCAACAGUGGUUACUGGUAUAUCCGGUUUGAAGACUAGUCUUCCGUGUAAUAUUACACCUAAAUUUGAAGACGACUCACCUGCUCUCGUCCUCUGGUACAAGGAUAAGUCUCCAACCCCAAUUUACACCCUCGAUGCCAGAAAAAUUCCUUUUGAUCAAGCAAGACACUCUUCUGUGGAUAGCCUCGCAAGCAGAGCCCACGUCACAAUGAUAUCAAAUCCACCAGGAUCAUUGGAGUUAGAUCCAGUAAUAGAUGCCGAUGAAGGUGCCUAUCGUUGUAGAGUGGACUUCAGAAGAGAAAGGACACGAUACACCGACAGCAAGUUGAAGGUCAUUGUUCUUCCAGGGAAACCUAUAAUCAGCAACGAGAACGGGCACGUGUUAAGAAGUCUGAUUGGACCGUACAAUGAAGGUGCUUCUCUAGUCCUUCGAUGUGAAGCGGAAGGAGGAAAUCCUUCGCCAUCUCUGACUUGGUGGAGAGAGUCUGUUUUAUUGGACGACACUUACAUGCAAGUAACGAAUGAUCGAAAAGUAAUAAACGAAUUAAGCAUAGGAUCUCUCCAAAGGCAUGAUUUAAUGGCUGCCUUGAGUUGUCAAGCCAAGAACAAUAACAUUUCUCAACCUCUGAUUUCGACUGUCACCGUAGACAUGAACUUUAGACCCCUGGUAGUAGAAGUACAAGCUGACCGCCAGGCCUUCUCGGCUGGACACUCUGUUCAGUUAAUCUGCAGGGCCAUUGGUUCUCGACCAGCUGCAGUGAUUAGUUGGUGGACUGAGAAAACACAGUUCAAGAAUGCCAAGUCCUCUGUGUCAGUUGAUGGUAAUGUCACAACCAGUUACCUAACUUUCAGGCCAUCUUCAGAAGAUGAUGGAAAGACCAUCUACUGUCGUGCUGAAAACCCUUUUAUAGCAGAUAGUACAGUCCAGGAAGAAAAAAUCCUGACAGUUCAUUAUAUUCCAAAGGUGAGCGUUCAUAUCCCCAGACACCUGACAGAUGCAGUUGUAAAGAGAGGACACGAUAUAUUUUUGGAAUGCCACGUCAUCGCCAAUCCCUCCGUAUCAGAAAUAGUUUGGAUGUUUGAGGGGAGAGAGCUGCAUACAAACAAAUCUGAGGGAAUUAUUGUUACCAACCAUUCCUUAGCCUUACAGGGGGUUGACCGGACUAAGAAAGGACGCUACACGUGCGUUGCAACCAACGUAGAAGGGAAAGGAGAGAGUGAACCUGUGUUGUUAAGGAUUCAAUUUCCUCCCGUUUGUAAACUGAAUCAGCAAGUGAUUUACGGAGCACCUCUUAAUGAGCCUAUAAACAUCCAUUGUGACGUGGAGGCAGAACCACCCGAAGUGACGUUUCAAUGGUCAUUCAACGACUCCAAAGAUGUCGAAGAUUCGUUAACAUAUGAGAGUAAUCUGACAAAAAGUAUUGCUACGUUCACCCCAAGAAAACACUACCAUUACGGUACUUUACUGUGCUGGGGUAGAAACGAAGUAGGAUCUCAGACAGACCCAUGUGCUUAUAAAGUUAUACCCACAGGUACUCCACAAAAGCCUCUUAGCUGUACCAUUAACAAUAGGACUUCUGUAGCUUUAGAAGUCGUAUGCCUGGAAGGGUACAGUGGAGGCCUUAAUCAGCGGUUUAUAUUUGAAGUCUACAAUGUUGCCUUGAAAGAAUUAGUGGCGAAUUUCACGGCCUCUCACCCCAUCUUCAGUGCUCAUGGUCUCUCUCCUGGAACGCUAUUCUUAAUCUCUGUGUACUCGUUCAACCAGAAGGGUAGAAGCGAAAUUUGGACGACUAAAGUAUCUACCUUGUUGAAUUCUAGCCAAAAAAUUCCAGCUCCAGAAAAAGAUUGGUUUGGGGCCUUCAAGCCUGUUUUGGUGCUUCUGUGCGCUGUAUCUGGAGGACUGGUUCUAGUCAUACUAAUAAUUCUUCUUGGAGUAAAAUUCAGAAGGAAACAAAAGGCUGAGAGAAAAUCGGCUGCCACCAACAAUGGAGAGGAAAACAGGGAAGAAAGUAUAAAUUUAAAAACAAGUGGAGAGGGUUAUACCCCACUAUCCAUGCUGGAUGAUGAGAGGUGUCCGGACUUGAUCCCAGAAAUGAGGAGUACACAAGAUGGCGAUAUUUUCUUCCACUGCGACAGCGUUAGAUGGCCAAAGAAUGCAGGACACAUUCCUAUGAGUAGUUCACGUGAUUCUGAACAGGAAAGACCAAGGCCGGCUCUUGACAGUUUCGUUCCCCAGGUUGCUACUGUUCAUGGUCUCUCCCAGGAAAGCGGAUUACGAGUGAAAGUCUUACCAUCGUCACCAGUCCUCAGGCGAAGCAUUCCUGGAGAAGUGAUGGAAUUAGCUGUUUCCGAAGAACGUAAUACAGAGGUCUGAUGCUGACAUUCAGGUCUCCAUGCUCCCUCAUUGGAUAUCACAACUGUAAAGUAAUAUUGUGCCUAACGAGUACGAUUCGUUUCACGCAACCCCAAGGAAACAUGGGUUUUGUUGUGUAUACGUAGCUUUGGGACGAAACUCUACAUGUAUGUAAUCCGGUUUUGAUGCGUACAGAGAAAAUUAAAUAUUAAUUAAAUCUUCGCGAAACCUGAAGAAGAUACAGUAAUUCAAAUAUUUUAUUAGGAGAUUGUGUAGUUUGGUUCAGCUUUCAGCUUUCCAGAAAAAAACUAUUUUCUCCCUUUUUUCAAAACCACGAACAGAGAAGGAAUAGUCAGAAAGAAACUGUCUUCUUGAAACGAUAACCGGUAACAAGACUCCUAAAGAAUGCCUGGUGUAAUGUGUUCAAGUUUCAAACAAAAGUCUAUAAAACCAGAUGGAUGAAGCUUCAGUUACCACAGAACACUAUUUCAAAAUAUCUGCUAUUUGCUAAAAUUGUAUUUAAUCUGUAAUGUUUGUUGCACGUAUGGUGGCGAUGUCCUCUGAAGUCCGACCAUAAUCCUUCCCACGUAAGCUGUUUUCGUAUAGCGCAAGCGAAAAGCCUGUCUUUUUUGUGGUCAUACAAAAAUCCCUGUUAAAGUUUAUAGUCAUUUUGUGACUUCAAUUUUAAUGAUUUAUUGUGAUUUUUGUAAAAGAAUUCAUUGUAAAUAGGAAACAAUAUCAAUAAAAGCAAUUUAACUGUA